AUGAUUCCUCUUUCUCUGUUCUUCAGGGCCUUAUACACAUAUGAAGAUGACAGUAAUGAUUUGAUCCUGUCUGGAUCAGGAGAUGGUGGUCUGGCAGAGAUUGCAGUAACCUUCGAUAACACUCGGAUCAUGUACGGUUUCUGCAGCCUGAAGGAGCCCAACACAGCCCUGCCUCGCUACAUCCUCAUCAACUGGGUUGGUGAAGAUGUGCCUGAUGCCAGGAAGUGUGCCUGUGCCAGUCAUGUAGCCACCAUAGCCGAGUUUUUCCAGGUGGGUCUCCCCAAGGGUGUUGACGUCAUCGUGAACGCUAGCAGCAUGGACGACAUCGACCCCUCAGCCAUUGGACAGAGGCUGACCAAUGGGACGGCUCCAGUGGCCAGUCCAGUGCUAAGCCGCCUGCGAAUGAGAGACGAGGAGAACGCGGAGCACGUUGGCACCACCUACCAGAAAACAAAUGCAGAGAUCGAGAUGAAGAAAAUCAAUCGAGAGGAGUUCUGGGAACAAGCCAAGCGGGAGGAGGAGUUGAGAAAGGAGGAAGAGAGAAAGAAGGCUGCGGAGGAACGGCAGCGCUUUGAAGCGGAGAGGAUGGAGCUGGAAAAAAAAGAGCAAGAGGAAAGAGAGAAGCGCUACCAUGAGAGGGAGCGGCAGAUCGAGGAACAGAGGAAGAAGAUGCAGGAGGAGGAAGAGGCCAAAGAGAGGUCAAGGAAUCAACCCUUGAUUACGGAGCCCAGCUAUGAAGACCUUGCCCUGGACAAAAAGGAAACAGAGGUUCAGGAAGCGGCAGCCAUCAUUGCCCAAAGGCCAAGUAACCCACGGGAAUUCUUCAAGCAGAGAGAGAGGGCCACAGCCAACAGCGUGGACAUCUCACCAGUCACCACGCACAGGACCGGCCGCUUGGACAGUCCAUUCUUGAGGCAGCAGCACAGUCCAUCCGAUUGCAGCCCGCCCCCUUCUCGCACUCCGCCUCAUUCACGGCGGCAGCCAGGUCCACCUGAUGACUCUGCUGAAGGAAUCCUGGAGCGCAGCAUGACCACUGGAUGUACUCCCAUCCCCAAAAUUGCCAUUCAGGAGGAAAAAGAGGACUUCAUUCGAAAGGAGUUUGCCUUUGACACUCCCAAGCAAACUCCAGUGCUGGAAUCCAGCUUCGUCAAGACCUCUCCAAGUGUUUCCCCCCAGCCCAGUAGCACCGCUCCAUUAUCCAGCACAGACGACAGCCUGCUAGACUUGUGGGGCAGUGGCCCAGAGCCCGCUAUGGCCCCUUCCCAGGCCCCCAGCCACAUUAUGGACCUGAUGGAGGACACCCCAGAGCCUCAUCUUGCCAGCUCCUCCCCUGCUCUCCCGCAGCCAGAAAUCGACAUUACGUGCUGGGAUACAGACCCCGUGAUGGAAGAUGAUGAUUAG